AUGCCGUACAGGGAGGAAGACCUGAAAGGUCCUGGGGCUGACCAUCCAGCCAUGCAGCCCAGCCUAAUUGGCUCAGAGGUGCAACCGCACCCUCCCCCAGACUCCUCCCGCCCUCACUUCGGAGCUGAGCACGCAGCGGCUCAACCCUCCCAGGCUUUCGCCUUACUGCUCCAGGGAGCCCCUGGCUUGCGCAUCUUGUCAGCUGCCUCUUUCAGCAGCCCCAGCAGCCUCCAAAGACACAGCAUGACUCUGGAAGGCCUCUUUUGGGCAAGGAGAGACUCUGGAGCCUUCCUUACAGCCUGGGGCCCUCCAGCUCGGAUUCUGCUGACCUGGGUGGUUCUAUCAUGCAUGGAAAAUGGCCAAGGCCACUGGGAUGGGACUCUGGAAUCUGCAAGCCCAGGUCAUGUGAGAAGACAAGGCAGGCGUGUCAUCAUUUUGCAGGGGCCCAAUGUAUGUGGUUCCCGCUUUCAUGCCUACUGUUGCCCUGGCUGGAGGACUCUGCCUGGCAGGAACCAGUGUAUUGUGCCUGUCUGCAGGCACACCUGUGGCAGUGGCUUCUGCUCCCAGCCCAACCUGUGUGCCUGCAUGGAUGGGACCCUGGCCCCCAGCUGCGGAGUAAGUAGAGCAUCAUUGGGGUGCAGCAUGAGCUGCAUGAAUGGGGGCAGCUGCCAAGGGGAAUCCUGUUUAUGCCCAAAAGGCUACACGGGCACUGUGUGUGGACAACCCAUUUGUGUCCACGGCUGCCGUAAUGGAGGACGCUGCAUCGGGCCAAACCUCUGUGCGUGUGUUUAUGGAUUCGUGGGACCUCAGUGUGAGAGAGACUACCAGAUGGGUCCCUGCUCCCCCCAAGUGAGUCCUGAGGGGUGCCAGCGCCAGCUGACAGGUCUCAUGUGCCCUAAAGCUCUCUGCUGUGCCACUGUGGGCCAUGCCUGGGGACUUCCCUGCCAGCUCUGUCCUGCAAAGCCACACCCCUGCCGCCGAGGCUUUAUCCCAAAUGUUCACACAGGAGCCUGCCAAGAUGUGGAUGAGUGCCAAGUCAUCUCGGGCCUGUGCCAGGGUGGCAGCUGUCUGAAUACAGUGGGUUCCUUUGAGUGCCACUGUCCCCCUGGACACCAGCUCAGGAUCAGAGGCACCAAAUGUGAAGAUCUAGAUGAGUGCCUUAGUGUUCCAGGGCUCUGCUCCAGGGCUGACUGCACAAACACAGUUGGGAGCUAUGUGUGCACCUGUCGUGGAAGCUUUGUCAGCAGCCUGGAUGGAGCCCACUGCCUGGAUCACCAGGUGGGCACCUGCUUCUCCGUGCUUAUCAGGGGUCAGUGUGCUGCAAACCUCUCUGGCCACUACACUCACAGACAGUGCUGCUGUGACAGGGGCAGGUGCUGGGCAGCUGGUUCAUCACCAAAGCCGUGUCCUCCACGGGGUUCUGGUGAAUUCCUGAGACUGUGUACCCAAGGGCUCCCACUGCUGCCUGUCUCUGCAGACCUCUUCCCUGGACUCUCAGAAAUUGGAAACCACAAUCUGGGACCUGCCCUAGGGCCAGCACAACACAACUCCCAUGAUUCCAAUGGGCGUAGAGUCCCAACACUGAGCUCUGGAAACUCCAACAGAGGACCCAGUGAUUACCCAUUUGUCUGUGCAGAUGUGAGGCUGGGGCUGUGUUUCCUGCAUUGGGAUUCGGAUGACUGUGGAAUUCCCCUGCCUGGAAAGUACCAGGUGGAUGUCUGUUGCUGCUCCAUUGGAUCAUCAUGGGGAGCUGAGUGCAAGCUUUGCCCGGAGCCUGGCUCCUCAGAAUUCUCCAGCCUGUGUCCCCAAGGGCUGGGCUUUGCCAGCCAUGGCUUCCUGUCUGGCCAUCCCUUCUAUAAAGAUGUGAAUGAGUGCAAGACGUUCCCUGGCCUAUGCACACAUGGCACCUGCCACAAUUCUAUGAGCAGCUUCCACUGCUCCUGUGACAAAGGCUUUACCCUGGAUGCCCAAGAGAGGAACUGCACAGACAUUGAUGAAUGUCGUAUCUCCCCUGACAUCUGCGGCCAGGGUACCUGCAUCAAUACCCCGGGCAGCUUUGAGUGUGACUGUUUUCCUGGCUUUACUAGUGGCUCUUUGCUGAUGAAGAACUGCAUGGAUGUAGAUGAGUGUGCUAGCGACCCGCUGCUCUGCCAGGAAGGCACCUGCAUCAAUACAGAAGGGAGCUAUGAAUGCCACUGUCCCCCUGGCCGUGAGCUGAAGUCCCAAGGCACUGCCUGUGAAGAUGUGAAUGAGUGUGAGUUUAGAAGUCACAAUUGUGACAGGCACGCCUCCUGUUUCAACAUCCCUGGGAGCUUCAGCUGUAGUUGCCACCCGGGCUGGCUUGGGGAUGGCUUCAAAUGCCACGACCUGGAUGAAUGUGCCAUCCAACAGCCUCACUGUGGCCCAAAAGCUGACUGUCUCAAUACCCUGGGCUCUUACCACUGCACCUGCCAACCAGGAUUUGUUGGAGAUGGCUUAUUCUGUGAAGACAAGGAUGAAUGCAUGGAGAAUGUGGGGCUCUGCAAGAAUGGACAGUGCCUCAAUGUACCUGGCGGGUACCACUGUGAGUGUGAUAUGGGAGAACCCCACCAAGAACCAGCUGGCCUGCUGGAUGUGGACGAGUGUGCUGUUGGGAACUUGUGCAUGUUUGGGAACUGUGAAAACUUGCCUGGAACGUUCCGCUGCAGCUGUGAUGAUGGCUAUGAGCUGGACCAAGGUGGGAGCAACUGCACAGAUGUCAACGAGUGUGAAAAUCCUGCAAACUGCAUCAAUGGCCUGUGUGUUAACACCCCUGGCAGCUACCUCUGCAGCUGCCCCCAGGACUUUCAGCUUAACCCCAGUGGAGUGGGCUGUGUUGACACCCUGGUCGGGAUCUGUUACCUGGACGUGAGUGACCAAGGUGAUGGUGGCAUUUCCUGUAGUGCAGCGAUUGGAGCUGGAGUCAGCAGAGCAUCUUGUUGUUGUUCCCUGGGCCAAGCCUGGGGCAACCCCUGCAAGCCAUGUCCAAUCGGCAACACCUCAGAAUAUAGGACCCUGUGCCCAGGUGGUAAGGGCUUCCGGCCCAAUCCCAGCACUGUGAUUCUGGAAGACAUCAAUGAAUGCCAGGAGCUACGCGGACUGUGCCGGGGAGGCAUCUGCACCAACACCUUUGGUACCUUCCAGUGUGAGUGCCCUGUUGGAUACAGCCUCAGUGAAGAUACCCGCACCUGUGAGGAUAUUAAUGAAUGCUCCAUACACCCAGACAUCUGCAGCCCUAGCACAUGCUACAACAACUUAGGAAAUUAUACCUGUGUCUGCCCUGCAGACUAUCUGCAGGUCAGUGGUGGCAACCACUGUGUGGACGUGAGAAAGGGCGUGUGUUUCCAGCACCACUACAAUGGUGCAUGCAGCAACAAACUGACCUUGAAUGUGACCUGGAAGAUGUGUUACUGCUCCUACAACAUGGGGCAGGCCUGAAACAGACCCUGUCAAGCCUGCCCCACUCCUGGCCUGGCUGAGUACCGGCUGCUCUGUGGGAACCAAGUGCCAGGGUUCAUCACUGACAUCCACACAGGAAAGCUUCUGGAUGUCAAUGAAUGUGGGGAGAGUCCAGCCAUCUGUGCCCACGGUGAAUGCAGCAAUCAGAUUGGAAGCGUCCACUGCACAUGCCCCAUUGGCUUCAACUACAAUAGAAACUUUAUGACCUGUGAAGAUGUGGGUAAGUGUGCCAACGGAAAGGGGCUCUGCCAGAGGAACCCAGACUGCAUCAAUGUCCCUGGAAGUUAUCGGUGCAAGUGUGCCCGAGGAUUCGAGCUGUCACUCAGUUGGACCUGUGUAGGAUGGAAUAAGUGUUGAGACAUCCCAAAUGUCCAUAGUCAUGGUGAUUGUAUGGAUACUGAGGACAGCUACAUGUGUCUCUGUCACCAUGGCUUCCAAGCCUCAACUGACCAAACCAUGGGCCUGGACAUUGAUGAAUGCACCAUCUUGGUGGGACAAGUGUGUCAGUUUGGCCAGUGCCUCAACACAGCCGGUUCCUUCCACUGCCUCUGCCAAGAUGGCUUUGAGCUCACAGCUGGCAGGAAGGACUGCAUGGAUAUCAAUGAGUGUCUGAGCCUCCCAGGGACCUGCCUGCCUGGCACCUGUCAGAACUUGGAAGGCUCCUUCCAGUGCAUCUGCCCCCCUGGCUUCCGGGUGCAGAGCGGCCAUUGCAUUGAUAUUGAUGAGUGCUUGCAGGAUCCCAGCCUCUGCUUUUUUGGCACCUGUACCAACAGUCCUGGGACCUUCCAGUGCCUCUGCCCAUCUGGUUUUGUCCUCUCUGACAAUGAACACUAUUGUGUUGACACUCGCCAGAGUUUUUGCUUCACCCAGUUUGAGGCGGGAAAAUGUUCAACACCCAAAGCUUUCAACACCACAAAGACCCAGUGCUGCUGCAGCAAGAACCCUGCAGAGGGUUGGGGUGACCCCUGUCAACUGUGUCCUCAGAAGGACAGUGUUACUUUUGAGGAGCUCUGUCCCUUUAGUCAUGGGGCUAUCCCAGGCCCAGAUGACUCCAGGAAAGACAUGAAUGAGUGUGCAGAAAACCCUGGCAUCUGCACUGAAGGCCUCUGUGUCAACGCUGAUGGCUCCUUCCAUUGCAAAUGUCCCUUUGGCUACAGCCUGGACUUUGCCAGCUUCACCUGCAUUGACACAAAUGAAUGCUCCAUUGGAGAGCCCUGUGGGGAAGGCAUUUGCACCAAUGUCAUUGGAAGUUUCAAAUGCACAGGCACUGAUGGCUUUGAGCUUGGCCCCAUGCUGACCUGUGAAGACAUUGAUGAGUGCACCCUGAAUCCACUGCUCUGUGCUUUCCGCUGCCACAACACUGAGGGCUCCUACUUAUGCACCUGCCCAGCUGGCUACACACUGAGGAAGGAUGGUGCCAUGUGCCAAGAUGUGGACGAGUGUGCAGAUGGGUCUCAGGAUUGCCACAUCCGAGGCAUGCUGUGCAAAAACCUCAUCGGCACCUAUGCCUGCAUCUGCCCGCCUGGUAUGCAGCCCCAGCCCUCUGGGGAGGAAUGCACAGAUGAGGACGAAUGCCAGCUCCAGUCCAGCCUGUGUGCCCAUGGCCACUGCGUCAACACAGUGGGAAGCUUCCAGUGUAAUUGUGAUGAGGGUUUCCAUCCCAGCCCUGCACUCACCGAGUGCAACGAUAUACGCCGGGGGCUCUGUUUCUCUGAGGUGCUACAGGCCACGUGCCAGAAUCGGUCAAGCAGUGGUGAGGCUGUGCCCAAAGUCAUGUGCUGCUGCGGGGGCGGCCGGGGCUGGGGCCCCCAUUGUGAGCUCUGUCCCUUGCCUGGCACCUCUGCCUACAGGGAGCUGUGCCCCCAUGGCAAGGGCUAUAGCACCGAGGGCCAAGAUGUGGAUGAAUGCCACAUGUUUGCUGACCUGUGCCACCAUGGCGAGUGCAUCAAUAGCAUUGGUUCCUUCCACUGUGACUGCCAAGCUGGGUAUACACCAGAUGCCACAGCCACUGCUUGCAUGGAUGUGGACGAGUGCAGCCAGGACCCCAAGCCAUGUUCCUUCCUCUGCAAAAACACAGAGGGCACCUUUCUGUGCGCCUGCCCCCGGGGCUACCUGCUGGAGGAAGAUCUCAGAACCUGCAAAGACCUGGAUGAGUGCACCUCCAGGCAACACAACUGCCAGUUCCUCUGUGUCAACACCAUAGGCACCUUCACCUGCCGCUGUCCUCCUGGCUUCACCCAGCACCACCAGGCUUGCUUUGAUAAUGAAGAGUGCUUGGCCCAACCUGGCCUAUGUGGCACCCAUGGACACUGCCAGAACACCCCAGGCAGCUUCCACUGUGAGUGUAAUAGAGGCUUCAUCCUGGACAGCUCUGGCCACAGCUGUGAAGAUGUAAAUGAAUGUGACAGGCCCCAUCACUGCCAGUUUGGCUGUCAAAAUGAGCUGGGGGGCUACCGCUGCAACUGUCCCCAAGGCUUCACCCAGCAUUCCCAGUGGGCCCAGUGUGUGGAUGAAAAUGAGUGUGCCUUGUCACCCACACCUUGUGGUAGUGCCUCUUGCUACAAUACACUUGGCAGUUUCCGCUGUGUCUGCCCCUCUGGUUUCAGUUUCAACCAGGACCUUGGAGGUUGCCAGGAUGUGGAUGAGUGUGCAGAGCAAGGCAGCCCCUGCAGCUAUGGCUGUGCCAACACACCCGGUGGCUUCUUGUGUGGCUGUCCCCAAGGCUACUUCCGGGCUGGACAAGGACACUGCAUUUCCAGCCCUGGUAUCAACUCUGGAUCUCAGGCCACCCCAGAUGAGGAAGAGUCGCUCUCACCUGAAGCCUGCUAUGAAUGCAAGAUCAACGGCCUCUCACCUCAGGACCGACCUAGACGCAGCGCCAGUGGAGGCCAUCAGGUGAGCCUGGCCACCCUUGAUGCGGAAGUCCCCUUGACCUUGCGUCUGCACAUCUCACACCUGAGCCAAGUCAAGCAUAUCUUAGAAUUUCGACCAGCUCUUGGGAGUCUGGAACGCCAGAUGCGUUACAUUAUUGCCAGAGGCAACAACCGAGGUUUCUUCCGCAUGAGUCACCUGGACGGCUUCAGCUCCCUGCAGCUGGGCCGUAGGAGACCAAGACCUGGCAAAUAUCAGCUGGAGGUGGUGAGUAUAGCAGGAUCUCAGGGCCAGCUAGAGCCAGCAACCCGAGCCUUGCGGCUAACAGUCCAAUUACAGCUGCUCUAGCAGAAAGAAGCUUCUAUGGGCCUAGAGUUCCCAUGGCAUCUGAAAGUAAAGAUUCUGGAACUGGCUAGAAUUGAUUUCUGGGGCAAUGGCUGACCAAGUUGAACCUCAAAACUCAGGAAGAGCAGAAUAUUAAUUACACUAUGACCUCAGAUGAACCCAGCCUAUGCAUACCCAGGGGGCUCCCAGCACCUACGCCUCUCCUGGACUCAGCUAGAAGGCUCAGCAUUCAUCCCUCCACCCCAGAGCCAGGGUCAGCAGGAGAGACCCCUUGUGUUCACUGCUCCUUGUCAUCCUCAAGCUUAAACUUCAGGCUGCACUAUGACUUGCCAAGGGUGUUGGUAGGACAUUGGAAUGGUGUCUAGGGUGGGUGUGGGGAUCAUCCCUUGGAGAAUGAAAAUGGGAAACCUUGUCCCCUACAUCUUGACAACCAUUCCCCAAAGCCUG